AUUAAGUGAUACGAAUUAAUAAGAUUUUAAUUAAAUCUUUAAUAUUAAAAAAAUGGAAAAAUCUGUGAAAAUUCUUAACGAUGAAGAUUUAAAUGUUUUAAAAUCACUGUAUAUAAACCACAUACCUUAUGCUUCACAUGUUGUAAGUUUAAUUGAUAAUCACUUUUUAUCGAAACUAAAGAAAAUAAACGGUGAUUAUGUACAAUUUUUCGCUUUGGACAAUGAUUGGAAAACGGACGGAACGUUUUUAAUGAAGUUUAAAAAUUAUGACAUAUUCACAUUUACUUUAUCGAGCAAUAAAGAUCAGAUAUACGAAUUAAUGAAAAAAACGAAUGCUUUAGAUGUAAAUCGAAGAACAGUAUUAUAUGGGAUAAGAAACGAACAUUUACCACCAGUUUAUAAAGCGCUAAAAGAACAAAAUGUAAAAAUAAAAGACGCAAUCGAGUGCUUAAUUUAUUGGUUGCCCAAAGAAAAAGCUUUGGAAUUCACGAUAGAAUGUCCUGAUGAAGUUUACGUAUCUGAAUUAAAUCCAACCCACUCAAAAUUAAUAGCAAGUCUUUGGCCGCAUAGUUUCGAUGAUGCAGACAAAUACAUUUCGUAUCUUUUAGAGAUGGGUUUUGGAUAUGGAGUAUUUUUAAAAGACGGGGAUAAAUUAGUUACUUGGAUAUUAACGCCACAUUGGGGAACUUUAGCGAUUUUGGAAACAUUACCUGAAUAUAAACGUAGGGGAUACGGACGUUUGGUAACCAAACAACUUUGUAAGAAGAUUGCUGAAAAUGGUAUCAAUCCUCUAUGUACCAUCGUAGUGGGAAACAUCGUUUCUGAAACGAUGUUUAAAAAGAUGGGUUUUCAACAUAUUGAUAAUGCGACAUUUAUUGUAUUUUAAUUUAAAUGUUGU